UUUGCAGUGAAAAGCGAGGAUGAGGACGGCAGCCACUCGCACGGCAAAGGCAGCGAGGAGAGCAAAGACCACAAGCGCUCCAAGCGCCCCCGCACCAUCCUCACCACCCAGCAGCGCCGGGCCUUCAAGGCCUCCUUCGAGGUUUCCUCCAAACCUUGCAGAAAGGUAAGAGAGACCCUGGCAGCCGAGACGGGCUUGACGGUGAGGGUGGUCCAGGUCUGGUUCCAGAACCAAAGAGCCAAGAUGAAGAAGAUCGCUCGCCGGCAACAACAGCAGCAGCAGCAACAGCAGGAGCAAGACCAACUGGGCAACCCUCGCUUGGGGAGCGGGAGAGGGACCGGUCGCAACAGCAGGCAGAGCAAUGAUGACAGCGAAGACGGCGCAAGCGUCCACGGCCUGGAUGGGCUCAUGGUCCCCUACCCCAGGAUCCCCCAGCAGCAGCUGCUGCCCCUGGAGCAGAACGGCUACAGCACUGACCUCUACAGACAAGGACUGACGCCCCCUCAGCUGCCUGGAGACCACCUGCACCCCUACGACUCAGAAGGAGUUUUUCACGAUAUGGACAGUGACAGCAUCAGCCACCUGGGCGACUGCCUGCUCUCGACGGCCGAAGCCAACCUCCUCCAAGCCCGCGUGGGCAACCCCAUCGACCGACUCUACUCCAUGCAGAGCUCCUACUUCACCUCCUGACCAUAAAAAAGCUCCCCGACUCUUCAGGAGUAUCUCGGCUGGAUGCUGCUGUGAAUUCAGAGCGAGGGCGAGGGAGAAGAAACGAGACCGAGACCUUCAAAGACAUUCCUUGAGCACUGCACAACGGAGGAGGCAACGAGGUCCACCACACGCAGAAGCACUAAUUCAUGGAGACCUUUCGCAGCCCGAAGGACUUGGGGUCUCUCCUGUUUUGGUUUUUUUUCCUGUUGGGGCCUCUCUCCUGUUUUUUGUUUUUUCUUUAGCCACGAGUAGAUCGAUGGUAUGAUGUCGUUUAGCUGUAACUUUAGCAGUUUGUCCAGUGUUGAAGCUUUUGAGCAUUAUGUCCUGCAAACAUAAGACUGACCAAGCCACCCCGAGAAGCAGGAGGUGCCCUUCCCACCAGAACUCCCUUUAUUUAAACCUUGGGUGCAGCCGAGCUGCUCGCUGGGCUCUUUUUGCUUCAUUCCCCAACCCAAAUUCAAGCUUCCUGGGACAAGGAGAAUUUCCCACAGCAAAACGCCAGGUCCUGAGGCACCUCUAAAGGAUGUCACUGCUGCUUCAGAGAUUUUCCACGUGGUUCUCCAUCAGUUGGGCCAGGACAGGUAUUUUUAAGGGUUAACGUUUCAGAGAUGGACAGUAGUUUGGCCACAGACUGAGAAGGCUACACUUGGGUAUCAGCUUGGAGAAACAACUGAAUAUUUAUCCUCUGUCACCUUCAAGGACGCCA